AUGCCGGUGUCCGAUCAGGUGGCGAGCACGAAAUACAUGGGCAUGUAUAUCAGCAAUCUUCUGGAGCUUUUCGCUCAAGGGCCGUCUCCCUGCGAAACGAAUCACUUUUGUUUGAUUAUCAAUCGACUAUUCCUCUACCGCCCACUCACUUCCAUUAUGAGACAGGAGGCAGAGUUGAGAUCGAGAUUCUUCGCGUUCCUCAAGGAUUACGCCAUUCAUCUCACCAAUCAGGCGAUGCAGAAGGCCAUCGCAGAAGCAGAACACGACGAUCACACUUCUCUGGCCCUGGUUUAUGACGCUAUUGUGGUUCUUUUGAGAGGCAGAUGGAGGACUUGCUUCGAGAGUGAAGCAGAGGCGGAUGCAGUCGACAACGAGCUCGUCAAGUGGCCAGUGCUGAUGAUUGUGAAUGCGUUCAUCGUGAACGUGCUGGCUCCGCCGCAAGGAAAUCGUCCGAUUGCUAAAGAUGAAGACGAAGCGGACGAGGAUUCGGAGGAUCGAAAGCUCUUCGUCGAUUUGUUCAACCCACUCAGCUCCAUGAUCUGCUACAGUGUCGGAGAGUUCAUGGAUGUUAUGACUAUGUAAGAGACAUAAACGGUAGUAGUGCUAAAAGCAAAGUUUCAGAAAUCUUCGAAACGCACUCACCGAGUUCACAAAAAUGGCGACAGGCACGGCGGACAUGAGCAGGUUGCCAAGCUGGCAAGAGGAUCAACACUGGCUGAUGCUCAUUCUGGCGAGUUCCAUCGUCGGAGAGGAGGUCGACGGCGCCUGCCACAUAUCCGGUGAUGUGUUUGACCAUUCACAGAAGCUGUUCCACAACGGACAACAAUUUUGUCCGCAAAAGAAGGCACAGUACCUUCAGAUGUGCAUUGAGGCGCCAACUCAGGACAGAUCUCUGUUCAGCCAGGAAGUCGAUCCGUUCGUGCGAGUAAUGGGAGAACUGUUCGCGUGGGCGGCCAUCGAAAGUGACGCUUUCGCCAAUGCGGUAGUUAACAUGAUCAGUCCGGAGCUCUGUCGUAGCACUUUCUUGUGCCUUCGCAGGUUUUUAAACGCCGCCAGCAGUCCUCUUGAUAAUGAUGUAAGUGUGAAUGGAUUCCGAACUGAACAAGCUGAUUAUCUUCAGAAAUGGAACGAUUUCCAAGGUGUGCCUUCUGAAGCCCUUCCCGGAAUGCCCAAAGAUAAGGAGUUUUCCACUGUGCUCGUCCGAUUUGUCAUCAAAAAGGUGCUCAAUGUGCUUGUCAACUAUGGAUCGGAAGAGAAAUUGUGCCAAGAUGCGAUCGAAUGUCUUCUGGGACUCGUCGAAUCCAACGCUUCCGUCAUUGCUUCUUCUCCAGAGCUUUUCGAAUACCUGAACACUCUGGAUAUUGCACGUCUUCCAAAUCGCGCUAAUCUCAUGAAAGCGUUGGUUCUGAUUGGAGCAGCCGCCAAUGACGCCGAGUUGCAGGAGAAUAUGUUCAGAUUGGUAGGCUUUUCUAAUUCGGUGAGUUUAUAAAAAAAAUAAUUCACUCGUUCAGAUCCUUGUGCCACUUUCUGAACGAUUUAUGGCUGCUGCCGAUCAACCUUCCCGUACUGACCUAGAUUCUCAGAUUGUAGAUUAUCUACAAUGUUUCGAUGGAGUCGCUAGGGCCAGUCAAAGCCAUUCGGCCUCGGUUCUCUUCAGUUAGUUCGAAAGCCUGUGUUCAAAUAAAAACAAGUGCAUUUUCAGAAUUCCUGUACUCGAUUAUUGACAAGUGCAUCGGACUGAUGAGAUCUCGGAGUCAAAACGAAUUGGUCGUCUCGAACAUUCUCCAACUCAUCCUUGACGUCACCACAAAGGUCUCUGUCUACAUUGACAACGAGGAAGAGUCCAAUCAGCUCUACUCCUGUCUUCUCCAAAUCGUCGACUCGUACCGCAACGAUCAAAUCAAACGAUUCUCGACGUUCACCUCCGACGACGAAGAAAAGGCGUCCGAUCUGGCCACGUUCAUUGAUAUCCUGUCGAAUGUGCUGUCCAAAGAUUUUUUGACUUUGGGAGAGCAAAACUGCUCGACGGGCGCCAAAGUGGUCAUUCAUUCGCUCGAAAUGCUGCUCACAAUCAUGAACGACCAGGUGCUCCAGAUGCCGGAAGUGGCUCUCAAGUUCUUCCGCCUCAUCCUGUACCUCGUCGAGUUCUCUCCAGAAUCCCUUUCCGAGAUAUCUGACGGGUUGAUGGCGUCCCUGUGCCAGUGCAUAAAACUCGGAAUGACCGGACAGUUCGGAAUGGAAAUCACUUCCACUUCUCUGGAGUCUCUCACUGAGGUUGUGCUCCAUUUCGGAGUGCACAAAGAUCGGUGCACUCAGAAUCUGGCUUUCUUGUUCAAGGAGAUGUUGCCGGUAAGUAUAUCGGAAUUUUUUGUUAUUUAUAUAAAUCCACUUCCAGACGGUGUUCGAGACGUGUUUGGAGAACACGUGCGAAAACAGUCUCUACGCCGAGUCGUGCUCCGCUCUCUACGCCAUAAUCGCCUUCGAAAGAGUGAGUUUGGCCUUCCUGGCCUCUUUCAAUUUCUUAUCUUUGCAGUCCUUCUUCGACGAGUACAUCAAUGGCUUGUUCUCAAAAAAGUCGAAUGAAGCGGCGCGGAAUGUGCUGGAAGAGGCGUUCCGCGAACUCAUGGAAGUGCAGCCAGAGCCAGUGAACCGACGCGGACGGGUGCAAUUCCGAAACCGAAUGGAGAAGUUCCUCACCAAGAUUCAAGGACUUCUCAGCUAUUGUUAA